AUGAUAACACUGACAAGUGACGACUGACGAUCCGCUGCUAGUUCGGUCGCUAUCGCAUGGAAUUUUAUUUUUUAAUGCUGUUGUUUUCGAUUACAAUUAUUAUUAUUAAUGUCAUAGGUAUUUGUCCGUUCUUUAUCACCGACUGGGCAAUUCUAUUUAGACAUUAGAUAAGUAAGGUAUCAUGGCUUUUCAACCCAACAGUGCUGUCAAAGUACAGGAUCCGAUCCGAGAGAACUAUGACAAUUAUCUACUCAUCGACGUUGGAUCAAACAUGGUAAACAAGAAGUUCAGCAGGGACUUGGAAUCGGUGUUACAACGAGCAAAAGAUUCAGGUGUUCAAAAAAUAAUUGUUCCAUGUACCUCUCUUAGAACGAGUAAAGAAGCGUUACGGCUAGCAAGAAUUUAUCCAGGAGCUUUAUAUUCGACUGCGGGUAUCCAUCCACAUGAAGCUAAAUCUUGGGAAGAUAAUUAUUAUGACGAACUGAGAGAUAUUGCUAAAAAUCCAGAAUGUGUAGCUAUUGGUAUAUGUGGUUUGGAUUAUAACAAAGAUUUUUCAUCGCCUGAUAUACAAAGAAAAGUUUUUGAACUACAGAUUUCCUUGGCCAAAGAAAUAAAAAAGCCCAUUAUGUUGCACCAAAAAGGAGCACAUGAAGAUUUUUUAAGGAUUUUAAAAACACAUUUGCCUUUAGAGCUUCCAGCUAUUUUACAUUCAUUUACUGGUUCUUUUGAAGAAGCUACUGACUACAUUAACUUGGGAAUGUACAUUGGAAUAACAGGAGGAUUGUGCAAAGAUAGUUCUGGUAGCGGAAUCAAAAAACUUUUAAGUGCUGGGACAUUAACACUAGAUAGAAUACUAGUGCAAUCUGAUUCUCCGUUUAUGUAUCCAAAUGCUAGAGCAGCAAAUCUUACUGACGAAUUAAAAUCUAGCCUCACUCAAAGAUCACUGGGAUUUUUACAGCGUUACUGUACAUUUCAUCGGAACGAACCAUGCUCAUUACCUAUUUUAGUGGAAUUAUUAGCUGGUUUAAUUGCUAAAAAGCCAGAUGAAGUGGCUUUAGCAACAUCAAUUAAUGCGCUUAAAAUAUUUGGAAUGUCAUAAUUUUAACAACACUUCCAAAAGGUGUAUAAAUGUGUGUUGAUUUAAUGUUUUUUUAUUGAAUUUAUGAUUUAUAAUUUAUUAUUGUUAUUGUUCAUCAAAGUGAUUAAACAUUAAGGUUUUUUAACUUUUAAUAACUAUUAGUCAAAAUAAAACAAUGAAAAUAUAUUGUGCCAUUUAACAACUUCUGUUAUAACCGCUAUAUUGAUGUGACUAAAUAAAUCAUUUUACUUUAUUUUUGUAA